UAAAGCUCCUCGAAGAAGAGGCAGAACAACAUCAUGGCGGCUCCCUUAGAGCACGUUGAAAUCUCGAAUUCAGCCGUACAUUGUACACAUACCACAGAAAAUACUUCAGACAAUACUAAAGUUAACACAGACGAAGAUGACGAUGACGAUGACGAAGACGAAACGCAUGAACCAAGAAUUCGGGAAACUCCGGAGGACAUUAAACUUGAGGCGAUCUCGAACACAUUGGCGUUUCACCCCAGCAGAGAUAUCCUGGCCUUUGGGGAUCUCGACGGGGACAUUUACGCCUAUUCCUAUUCUUGCACGGAGGGUGAGAACAAGGAGCUGUGGUCCUCUGGUCACCACCUGAAGUCAUGCCGAGAGAUAGCCUUCUCCGGUGACGGUGAGAAGCUGUUCAGCGUCUCUAAAGACAAGUGCGUGCACAUGAUGGACGUAGAAGUGGGCAAGUUGGUGACGCGCAUCCAGAAAGCGCACAGUGCACCCAUCAACACGCUACUGGUCGUUGAUGAAAACAUCCUGGCUACCGGGGACGAUGGAGGUACUGUAAAGGCGUGGGACCUUAGAAAGGGCUCUGCAUUUAUGGACAUGAAACACCAUGAAGACUACAUCAGCAGUUUAGCUGUGGACCAGGCAAAGAAAAUCCUACUUACUGCCAGCGGCGACGGCACCAUGGGCGUGUUCAAUCUCAAAAGGCGGCGCUUCGAGCUGCUUUCAGAGUUUCAGAGCGGGGACUUGACCUCUGUUGCGGUGAUGAAAAGGGGGAGGAAGGUGGUAUGUGGCUCCAGCGAGGGAACCAUCUACAUCUUCAACUGGAACGGCUUCGGCGCCACCAGCGACCGCUUCGCCGUGAAGGCCGAGUCGGUGGACUGCAUCGUGCCCGUGACGGACAGCAUCAUGUGCACGGCCUCCAUGGACGGCUACAUACGGGCCAUCAACGUGAUGCCUAACCGCGUCAUCGGCUGUCUCGGUCAGCAUGUCGGAGAGCCCAUAGAACAGAUCGCCAAGUCCAGAGACGUCCACUUCCUGGCAAGCUGCGCCCACGACCAGCUCAUCAAGUUCUGGGACAUCUCCAAGCUCCCUGCCAUGAUGGUGAACGACUACCGCAAGCGCAAGAAGAGAGACGGGCGCCUUGCGUCACUCAGUAACAAAGCGCUGGGCGGGAAUGACUUUUUCAAUGGACUGGUGGAAGAACCAGAGAAGAUGGAAGAGGUGGAGGGGGAAGACGAGCAGGAGGAUGAUAGUGAUAGUGGCAGUGAUUAAGGUUUAGGAUCCUGGAGAACUUUGCCAUAGCAACGGCCCUUCUCUUGGAAGGUUCCGGACCUCAAGGUCUCUAAGGGACAUCACAAAGGUCUGUGCCGUUGUUGGAUUGUACAAAGCUGAUUGUACCUUGCUGUAUACUACAGCAACAGAGCCACAUGUGUUUGAAAAAAAAAUACAUGAAAUGGUUUCAAUACAUUUGUUUCUGAAUAAAGGAGGAUUUGAGAUGUGAAA